AUGGUUCUUACAAAGAAAAACAAUGAACUUUUUUUGCAGUUUUUGCUCGAAAAGUGUGAACCGGGGAAGCUAUUGAGAGCGAAGCUGAAAGCUGACGAGAUUCUUCCAAGUGGUGAAAAAAGAGAAGUGUUUCCAUGUGAAUGGUACGAACUGGAGGAAGGAAGCUCCUCCGAAAUGCAGCUCGUUAGGAAAGCAAACUGUACAGGAGAGGACAGCAGCGAAAAUGAGAUAACACUGCAGUGUGAAGUUAGCAUGCGAUGCAUUGUUCACGACGAACUGCCCACGGCAGACGCAGCAGAGCAACAGUCUGAUGUUGCGAGGGCUGUAGAUGAGAUGUACCGUGAAGGAGUGCAUACAGACUUUGAGCUGCACACAGAAGGCACGGUUCUGAAGGCACACAAGUCACUACUUUCUGUGCGGAGCCCUUACUUUGCCGCCUUGCUGCAGCCUCACACGAAGGAAGCAAAGGAAGCUUUUGUGCAGAUCACCGAUGUGAAGACCGAACCACUGAAGCAGGUCCUGCUGUUUAUGUACACGGGUGUGGCCCCGGCUCUCAAGGACAUGCCGUGGGACUUGCUCAUAGCUGCUGACAAAUUCCAGCUCCAGCAGCUAAAGCGACAGUGCGAGGCCCACAUCGCCAGCCACUUGGAUGUGGACAACGCCGCAGAAACUGCAGCCAACGCCUUGCUGUUCUCCUGCGACGUGCUGUGGGACCGUGCGGUGUUCUUCAUUAGAAGCAAUCUCUACCAGGUCAUGCGCACUCCUGGCUGGGCUUUCGUUAUAACUGCUCAUCCUGAAGCCAUACAGCGUCUCAGUGAGCUGAUGGGAUGA